GGGCCAGGACCUUGACCUAGCAGGUAGCAGAAGUAAAGAGAUAACAGUGGGGGGACAGGAGGUUCCCACUCCCUCCCCCAUUUGAGUUCCAGUCAUGUCUCAGCGUGUGGGACAUGGGAGGAGACCCAGGACCCCAGGGCCUCCUGUGCGCAGCAUCCGGCCCUUCAAGUCCAGCGAGCAGUACCUGGAGGCCAUGAAGGAAGACCUGGCUGAGUGGCUUCGGGAUCUGUACGGGCUGGACAUUGAUGCGGCCAACUUCCUGCGGGUGCUGGAGACUGGCCUGGUGUUGUGCCGGCAUGCCAACACUGUCACGGAGGCUGCUCUGGCCUUCCUGGCUGAGGCACCUGAGCGAGCUCAAAAGAUUUCCGUGCCCCAGGCUGGGGUUUUCUGCAAUGGGGCUGCUCAGCCGGGUACCUUCCAGGCCAGGGACAACAUCUCCAACUUCAUCCAGUGGUGUCGCAAGGAGAUGGGGAUCCAAGAGGUGCUGAUGUUCGAGACAGAGGACCUGGUACUCCGCAAGAACGUCAAGAGCGUGGUACUGUGUCUGCUGGAGCUGGGUCGCCGCGCUUGGCGCUUCGGUGUGGCGGCGCCUGCCCUGGUGCAUCUGGAAGAGGAAAUUGAUGAGGAGCUGCGGCGGGACCUGGCCCUGCCAUCGCCCGACCCGCCACCGCCCGUACCCCCUGCCCGCAGGCCUUGCCACUUCCACAACCUGGACCAGAUGGUGCAGAGCCUCGUCAGCCAUUGCACAUGCCCAGUGCAAUUCUCCAUGGUCAAGAUAUCUGAGGGGAAGUACAGAGUGGGGGACUCCAGCACUCUCAUCUUCAUCCGGAUCCUCCGGAGUCACGUGAUGGUGCGUGUUGGGGGUGGCUGGGACACGCUGGGCCAUUAUCUGGAUAAACAUGACCCCUGCCGGUGCACGUCCCUCUCUCACAAACCAGGCAGCUUCCUGAAGCCCCCAGGACCACCUGUGCAGCAUGAAGUGAAGGUGCAGGAUGGGCCCUCACAGCCCCAGCCUACAAUGACCAUCAGCCGCUCACAGAGCCCACUGCCUCCAGUGGACUGGAAGACAUACACCUCUUCCAGCCGAAAACUGAGACCUCCCACACCCUCCUUUCCUGGACACCGUAGCGAAUCCCCAGUGAGGACCAGAACCCUCAGAGAGAUGGCUCCACUCCUAAGGUCCCAAGAGAAACCAACUCCAUCUCAGAGGAUGUCAUCACCUGGUCCCCAAUUCUCAUCUACUUGUAGGGGACCAGAUCUACAGAGUACCCUGUCUGGGAAGAGAGCAAACAGAUGUCCAGGUGAACUGCCCAGAGGAAGGACUCCCACAUCAUGGGUUCACAAGGAAGCAGAGAGUCGAGGAACACACACCAAAGCUCCCACAGCACAGAGGCUUCAAAUCCCUGAGGCCACCAGUAAAAGGACAUCAGCAAGGGGACCAUCGCCCCCACCUCGUUCCUCCAGCCUAGCCAGUCCUCAUGCUAUCUGGAUCCUGCACCAGGGUGCCUCCCCACAGCUCAGUGAACCCAUGACUGUUCAAUCCUCAUCCCCCGGCAAAGGGCUCACCAAAAUUCCUAUCCGGCUGUCCCCUGCCCGACCCCCGACUCCAGGAAGAAGCUCUUUGGGUACUGAAGGUGGAGGCUCCACGGGAAGAGGCUCCAUCUCAUCAAGGGCCUGUGAAGGGAACCUGGAUAGAUCCACACGUGGGCAUCACUCUGUGGAAGCAAGCGGGGAUCACCAGACAGACAUCCAUUCAAAGACCGAGGAUCCCAGGAGCUUGGGUACACAGAAGUGGAAAGAGAGACACACCUCUUUGACCCUGGGCAGGAGCAGCGAGCAAGCCCUCUAUGAUAACCUUAAAGAGGAGGUUGUGGCCAACAUGAAGCUGCUGGAGGUGGGGACUGCUUGUACUCAGGGUACAAGGUCUCAAGCCAUCCCUCGAAGUGGGGUCUAUGUUCCUAGCCUGGGUGGGAGGUGGCCUGAGCCUGGGGGUCCUUAUGAUAAAGUCAUCCAGGAACUGGUUCAGGGUCCCCCAUCCCUCCUUAAAGUGGAUUUGAAAGCCUGGAAGGUUGGGUCUGAACGCCUUCCUAGGCCAAUUGUGGGCCCAGGAAGCCCCAACGAGAAGCUAGGUUCCAGAGAGAUAGGGACAAGGAUAAAGGCAAGCCCGAAUGCUGAGGGUACCACAGUGAGGACUAUGUCACUCACAAGAGGGCAGGGGUGCUCAACCCCGCCUGUAUCUGCUGACCUGGAGGCUCCUACACAUUCAUGCUCAGACCUUAGUUCUGACAAAGCCAAGGUAUGUCUGGGCAAGGGCAAGAGAACUCUCCGGAAGCCCAAGAAGAUCCCAUCCAUUUACAAGCUGAAGCUGAGACCCAGAAUCCGGCCCCGUAGAGACCACAGGCCUGAGAAGAGACCUUCCAGAAUUCCCAAGCCACUGGCCUACCCCUGCCUGGGUCCAGCCAGGACAGCUCCUGGAAGCAGGCUAUUAAAAGCUACAUUGGGUGGCAAGGGAGGAGGCACCUGCCAGGUGAAUGGAACAGGUAAAAAGGAAGAAGAGAAGAAGAAAGGACGCAGCAUCUCGUUGGAGAGCAGCAUCCAGCCUUCAGAGAGCCGGGAGCCUCUGCAGCUUGGUGGAACCCCACUUUCACCUGAGGAGGAAUCUUGGGUCUGAAGAGCCCUCAGAUAGGGAAGAGCACAACAAAACGUGUGCAGUGCAGGGUAUGUGUGGGAAAGUACAGUCCCUCACUCAGUACAGUGUCUUGGCCAGGAAUAGGCCUGGAGAGCCCCACCAGUUGCUCGAAUGGGCAGCCCAUACCUCCCAUCGCAAGCCAGCAUCAAGCCAGGGGUGAUAGAGAGCCCAUCAAGAACACCAAGAACAGCUCCUCAACCUUUGCACAUUGCCACAGCUGUAAGUUAUAAAACACAUGUGGGUCUGUCUUUG